GGGAGGACGUGAGGGAGACGCGGGCGUGCGCGGGGAAAUGGGGUAGACGCGGGCGAGGCCGAGGUGGGAGCCUGCCUUGCCUGAGGCGCACCCCGAGUUUGUGGGGGGUGACCCCGCAGCGAGGGGCAGCGGAGGCCGCUCGCGGUAUGUCGAGUUUUGACUAUCGCGGUUCUCGGUCUUCGGGACCAGAGCCCUUGAACAUCCGAAGUUCAAAUCCCGCGUACUUGACGCCGCUUUUCAUCGGGCGCCAGGGCGAUUUAAUGCUCGCUUGGGUUUGCAGAUUCCGUGUCAUUUUGUUGUGGGAGUUCGACAUUGCGGAAGUGGGUCGACUCUAAUCUAUUAGACGACCCUUGUUCCGUCUUAGGCCGAUAAAAAAGGUGUCUGUUUUAUCGACCCUUGGAGGGAGGGAUGAUGGGUUGAGUCAACCCCCAUCCGACGUGAAGUUCCGAUUACCAACGGCUCGCUCCCCCCGCUGGGCCGGCGAGGUGGCGGAGGGCUCGACGAGGGGAAUGUUGCGCUAGACUCGUGUUCUUCACUAAGGUUCAGAGGCUGCGUGAAGCUGUCUCUGAAUGCGGCUCCGGACAAGGUGGAGGUGGUGCUGGAGGAGGAUGGCACCAUCGUCGAUGAUGAUGACUACCUGCAGCUGCUGGACAAGAACUCGCGCCUCAUGCUGUUGCAGCCGGGAGAGCGAUGGGACCAGCCCCGUGUGGACGACGAGGUGGAGACGGAUGGGAGGCCGCUAUCCCAGAGCGAAGAGGUGGCCCGGAUGCUGCACAGGGACCUCGGACUCAUCAUCAACCUAUCCGACUUGCAGCUGCGCGCGGUGGCGGAGGAGCAACCGGCGGUGCUCGCACGCUGGCUGGGCGGCGAGGAGGCCGCCGAACUCGUGUCCGGGGCAUGCGGCCGCGUCCUGGACAGCCGCCAGCAGCUCCGAGACGUCCACUCCUUCGUCGCCCUGUACCGCCGCGCCGAGGACCACGACCGCCAACUCCGCGGGGACUGCUCCCGGGAGGUUGCCGCCGACGACGACGUCACGGACGGCCGCUCCCCCCACCCUCCGCCCGUCGUCGACCCGGGCCCCGCCGUGGGCGACCGCCGGCCGGAGCUUCGGCCGUCGGCCACCCUCGACGCGGCGCUGCUGGGUCAGCUCGCGGGCGUCCUGACCGCGGAGCUGGGCCUCUCCACGGAGCAGCUGGAGCGCGUGACGGAGGCCGGGCCGGCUGCCGUGGGCCGCGGCCUCGGCGUGAGCACACAGGACGCUCUCCCCAUCGUGCGAGCCUGCCAGCGCGAGAGGGAGUCACGCUGCCAGCAGCUGCUUCACCUUGGCCACGUCAGGAGGAGCAACCCGGGCCCUGUCAAACCGGGCCCCGUCGACCCGGGCCCCGUCGACCCAGGCCCCGUCGACCCGGGCGUCCCCACGUCGCGUUCGUCCAUAGACGUCAAGGACAACCGGCCCCCUCCCUUGGUGGCGCUGCUGGACCGGCUUGUGGACCGCCGAACCACAGAGCCGGGCCUCUCCAUGAACGAGCUGAGGCGCGUGAUGAGGGCCAAGAAUGCCACCGUGGCCCGCCACCUCGGCGUGACCAAUGAGAACGCUCGCAGCAUCAUGCGGGCCUGCAUGAGAGAGAAGAAUUCACGCCACCAGCGGCUGCAUUGCCUCGAGCACAUCAGGAGCAACCCAAGCCCUGUCGACCCGGGCCCCGUCGACCCGGGCCCCGUCGACUCUGCAUCGUGUUCGUCCGUAAACGUCGAGUCCGACUGGUGGCGAAGGCUUCGACCAUCAGGCCCCCUCACCGUGGCGCUGCUGGGCCGGCUUGUGGACCACCGACCUACGGAGCCGGGCCUCUCCAUGGUGGAGCUGGAACAAGUGAUUGAAGCCAGGGUGGCCGCCAUGGCCCACGGUCUCUGCGUGAGCGAGUCAGAUGCUGAUAACGUCAUAAAGACCUGCCAGCACGAGAUGGAUUCGCGCUGUGAGCGGAUGCCCCUCCUCAACGACAGCAGGUUGAGCAACCCGAAACUUUCUCACCGUUCAGUGCCCCUGGAGCCGGACGCGAAGAGCGGCCUGCGAGUGCGCAAGCGUAGGCGGGUGAUGGACCAAGGCAGCAGCGGGCGGCCGGGAGAGCAGCAGAAGGAGCAAGAGGAGGAGGGCCCGGACUGUGAAGAAGUGAAACCGAAAAUGCUCUCGUUAUCAUCAGCAACAGCAGCAUCAGCUGAUGCUGUUGUUGCCGAUUCUCCUCCUGAUUUGCUCAAGACCAUGCAACCGAUGGUGCCUUGAAUUCUUCUCGCUCUUGACUGUGGCAGGAUCUCUCUGUGUGAGUAGCGUGCGUUCCUGUUCCGUUCAUGAUGAGAGUUCGCUGCUGCUGCUGCAGUCCCCUUAUCCCUCCCGUGACGGCGGUGCAUGGAGGUCUCGAAGGAGGUCUCUCCUCCACCGCCUCGUCGCCCUGUCCGUUCGGGACCCUGUUCCGAACGGAUGACAGACUGUUGGGGAAAGAGCUGUUAGUUGGAAGAGCCUAUGAAGGCCGACAGGGCACAUGAGGGGUUGGAUGGCCAGCACCACGCCUGACCACCUUUGUCUCCUACAUGGCGGUGUUUACACACCAUGCCAAGUACUCAUUUGAGGCCGAGUAGACCUAGGGGAUGCCCAGGACCGGUUCAGAUAAUUGUUACUGCUGUUGGCCAGCGCACCAACUGUGACACUCUCGCUCUAAAUACAAACAUCCCCCGUUUAGCCUUAACAAACUGUUGGGACAAGUUUUGUUAGCAAACAUCACCUAUUAAGGCCGGCACAGCAUACACAUGGGGUGGGCGGCCAGCACUGCGCCCGGCCGCCUUUGUAUAACCAGUGCUGAUAAUUAACACACUGCACCAGGUACUUAUUUAAGGCCGAGUCGACCUAGGGCAGGCCCAGAACUGGUUUAGAUAUAAUCGAUGAUGUCCUUGAGCGGGAAUCGAACCCUAGUCACUGGGUUUGUCGCGCAAUGCGCUAACCACUGCGUUUCCGCUCCUCACACACGCAGACACGCGCGUGCCAUGUAACCAGUCAACUUCCCAAUGCGGGGAAACCACCAAUUGGUCGAUGACACAGCAAGACUCACUGCCUGCUGAUCCUAGGAAAAGGAGACUGGGCGAGGAUUUUUUUUAUGUUAAACCAGUGCAAUGCUAAUAAUCUGCGGGUCUACACACCCGCGAUGGUGGUUUCGUAUUGGUCAUUAGCCAGCAGGCAAAAGCCAACGUCUCGUUGCACCUCGACUCCUGCAUGACGAUGUUGACGCACCGCACCAAGUACCCGGGCCCCGUCGACCCGGGCCCGGCUUGCUCCUCCUGACGUGCUCGAGGCCAAGCAGCCGCUGGUGGCGUGAAGGCCUCUCGCUCGGGCAGCCUCGCGUGACCCAUUAUUUUCGGAGCUAGAUUUUAAUGGGUUCUGGGACAUGGGGCCGCCUGUGUGUGGUGUGUUGUGGGGGGCACGGUGCUUCUAUGUGGUAUAGGGUGGGGGGGGCACAGGGUGUCUUGUGGGGGGUACAGCUUUGUGUUGUGGGGGGGGGCACAGGGUGACUGUAAUGGCUUUGUAGUUCAACCACUCAACCACAAACCCAGCCACCCCCAGUUGGAUUUGGUGUUGUAGCUUGACUUUGGCGCUGAACAGCGACAUGUUACCGGAUCCUGGACCCUCCGCUAUGUCGAGUUGGCCUUGAUUGAGUUCCUGGAGUGGCCAGUGAAUAAUCAGCACACAGACACCGGACUCAAGCGACGUGCCGACCUCCUGCUGUGUCCGUUGGGCUGUGUUCGGGUUCUCAUGAAAGCAGCAGAGGGCAAACAUUGCAAGGGCUUUCAUUUUGACACGGGUAAAAUCAAGGCAGCGCCCGCUUGGACAAUUGUUGACAGCGCCGGUUGGGGGUCGUCCAUAAAUGACGUCACGCGAUUUUGGACGAUUUUUGACCUCCCCCCCCCUCGUCACACGGCGUCACAAAAAGUCAGACCCCCCCUCAAAUAUGACGUCACAAAGCUCUGCACCCCCCCCCAAACCAUAUUUCCAUUUUGAAAAUAAAACAUGCUUCAAAUCGCUUUAAACUACUGUCAUUUUAGUGCCUAUUUAAUGUGGCGCUGCACUCUGAUGUUGGAGAAAACAUUUAUUAAAAAGUCUAUUUUAUUAAGUAGAA